AUGCAAUUGCCACACGACGACGUGAUGGACGUCCUGUUGGGCGACGAGUGUCAGGACAUUACUCACGAGGAAGAGAGCGUAUUGUUGCAGAUGAACGACACGUCUUCGCCGCUGAGGAAAACAGUGGUGGAAACGACGGCGGGAACUGAUGGCCCGAUGGCUCGCAAACUCAUUGUCUACGAUCUGAACGACUCGCAGGACUCGUCUCAAGACGCGGACGAAGACAACGCCAGAGAUAAGUUCCGUACGGAGAGGUCGGCCACCAUUAGUCUGACGGCAAACACCCGUUCAAUGGAUCGCCAAAUACCGGACUCUUUGGACGCAAUCGCCGCUGAUUUCAAGCGGAAUCAGAAACACGAGAAUAAGCAGAAGAAGCGCCGCAAUCGCCAGAAUAGGCGACAGNGCAGGACUCGUCUCAAGACGCGGACGAAGACAACGCCAGAGAUAAGUUCCAGGUCGGCCACCAUUAGUCUGACGGCAAACACCCGUUCAAUGGAUCGCCAAAUACCGGACUCUUUGGACGCAAUCGCCGCUGAUUUCAAGCGGAAUCAGAAACACGAGAAUAAGCAGAAGAAGCGCCGCAAUCGCCAGAAUAGGCGACAGUUUGGCAGUCAUUAUGAAAGACAAACGCCGCCAAUGAGUGCAGGAAUGUCUUCGGGUGGCAGUCAUCACAAUCGCGGCCCAGACUUAAGAAGUUUGAUUAAUCGUCCGCCUAAUGGCCGAAGACAUGGUUUCAAUCAAACCAAUCGAUUGCUCAGUGAAUCAAAUGCUCUUAUAAUGAAUCAGAUCCAGAAUUUGGCCAAUAAUUUGACCGCAAAUCUGAAUCCGAUUACAAAAUUGCAAAUGGAUUUAGGAAUUCUUAAUCCAAAUCAGCUUUUAUUGAACGCUCUGUUGAGUCAAAAUCAGUCAAUUUCUGCGGCCAAUCGAUUGCCGUCUUCGCUGACCACUGGUCGCAGCACUUCUUCGUUGAACCAAAUGCAGGCAUUGAAACCAAAGGAUGACAUUCAGAUCACUAUCAGAAAUCGCAACAACAAUAAUAGCGGCCAAUCACUCAAUGCCAUCAAAAUGUCGACAAAACCGCAAAUCAAAUGUUUGGUCACAAAAGACAAAAGUGAUUCCGAUAUUGAGAUUUUGAGUGAAACGGACGGCUCUCACAAUUCAGGCAAUCAUUUAUUCAGCGGAUUGUCAGUCAAUGACAAUGAGAGGGCCAACAGCUCUGGCAAUGGCGACCAUUUUGCCAACGCUUUGGCCGAAGCGGAGGUCGGCGUCGAUAACGACUAUUUGACACGACUUCGAGAACAAGAGGAACAGAGACGACAACUGAAGGAAUAUAAAGAGAAGAGACGUCUGGAAAUGGCCGACGAAAGGCUCCAAUCGGCUGAGGAUUUGAAGGCAAAGAUUGCCAAUCGAAACACAUUCAGACGAUAA